GCGGCACACGACCUGUGACCACUGCUGCAGGAGGAUAUCCCAGCACGGACAACUUUUCCGCACACACGGCCUGCUUUUCAAAGGAUCCUGCUCUUUUGGAUUAUACAAUUGUAGGGCAGAAAGACCGUGCGUAAAAGAAGGGCAACUGCGGCUGUUUUACUUGUUCAAAUAUCCUUUUAUCGAAGGUGAAGGACAAGUGCAAUGCGCUUCCAAGCUCUCUUGAGGGAUUGCCCCACUUGUCCGAGGAGCUAAGAGCAUUCAAGGGAAGCUCUAUGUGAAUUUUUGCCUCAGACUUCAAGCCACUUCAUUUUGAGACUUAAGCAAGUGCACAGAGGAGCCGUGCAGCGCGAGCCUCUGGCGCUCUGACACACAGCUUUCUCUCCCUGAGGGGAUGGUUGUGGAUCCUCUGGAGCGAGGAGCAACUCUUCGGCUCCUACACAUCAGCGCCGUUCUCUUGUUCGUGGUUACAUCCAAAUUAAAGGGAGAUGAGAGCCGCAAUUUGUUGUUUCCUUGUGUGGACCACGUACCUGCUGCUGGCCGGCGCUGAGGAAGUGCAGUUUCCCCAGGAGCUGAUCGACAGGCUGGCCAACAGCGAAAUCCACAGCAUCAGCGACCUCCAGCGGCUAUUGGACAUUGACUCCGUAGGUACGGGAAACGAUGUCAUCGAGGAGCCCAAGCGUCACAAGCAACAUUUCAUCCAUCAUAAAAACUUUUCCCAUCACCAUGGUUACUACAACGACCUGAAGAGCUCCCAGCUUCACAGUCGACGCAAAAGGAGCAUCGUUGAGGAGGCAGUUCCGGCGGUGUGUAAAACCCGGACAGUUAUCUAUGAAAUCCCCAGGAGCCAGGUGGACCCCACAGCGGCCAACUUCCUGAUCUGGCCCCCCUGCGUGGAGGUGAAGAGGUGCACGGGCUGCUGCAACACCAGUAACAUGCGCUGCCAUCCCUCACGCAAACACCACCGCACAGUAAAGGUGGCCAAAGUGGAGUACGUGAGGAGAAGACCCAAACUGAAAGAGGUCUUUGUCCGGUUAGAAGACCACCUGGAGUGUGUGUGCACGUCACAGCAUCACGUCAUGGAGCACUCAGAAGCAGAAACAGAGGACGUGAGGUGAGACCAAUCAGAAAGAGGAGCUUCGGCAUCGGUGCGCUCCUAAGAAGAGGAUGGGAGAGCGUGUGUCUUCUCCCGUACCACCGUGCCACCUCUGCUUCAAAUCCUGUAAAGCCAAGAGACAAUGAAAUACAAAUCCAGAAGAUGCCAAAGGUGCUUUUUUAAAUAACAAAAACUAUGAUGAGGACUUCCUUGUGCUAUGGGCAACUGUUACAGUCAGCUGCACCGACGGAAGCAAGAGAGAGAGGAGCUGUGAGCUGAACACAAUGAGAGCCAGUCUGGUCAUUUUAACAGACUUCUUUUGAACAAGACAGUGGAUCAAGAGGAAAAUGUGGGAAUGUGUUGCUUGGAUUGGGACACAGUGGUGGACAACCUCCAACUGGGCAACAUAAAAGUGCUGUUUUAAAGACUUGAACAGAACAAAAGAAUAUAACAAGAGAACUGUGGGAGAGAUGUUUUGUUUUAAAGACUCUCUGUGGAGCACUAAACAUUUCCUGAAAACAGCAGCAGCUUUUGAUAGUCUCUUGUGCUCUGUUCAGCUAAAUCUAAAAUAAAACAGAAGAUGCACCGCUUCUUAUAAACUAUUUAUAUGUGUGGACAUGUGUAUUUUGUCUCUUUCAGUACAAGCGAAAAAGUGAGAUGUAAGAUUUUUGGAGACGUGCAUGAACUUCAGUGUGCUCUACUUCUCUGCAGUGUCACAAUCUGAAAAGUGUCAUUUUUUAUCCUGUUUCUUAUUGUAUUACACUAAUGAGCGAUGAACUGAUGUCCGGAGUUGUAAAUGGUUUGGAUGUGUGACACAAGUAGGAGAUGUGAGUGUCAGGAAGAUGCUUUAUUUUUGUUAUAAAAUAUAUUAUGCUUACUAAUAUCUGUAAACAAUUGUUCUCUUUUGUCAUAGUUCAGUUCAGUGCAUUGGCCUUUGUCUUUAAACAACAUUAGGAGACAGGUGCAAUAAUUUCAUGAUCACAUUUAAAGCAUUGACAAAUUAUGCAAAUCUAAAAAUAAGUCAGUGCACAUUGGUUUUCUGGUGGAGGGUUCACCACCUGCUUUUCUCAAGUAAAUAUUAAUGCUUUGCCUGAGAGGUUCCACAGUAUGAUAUUGACCUAUAUAUGUUAAUUUUUUAAAAUUUUUGUUUGUCUGUUUUUAUUGUCAAUAGUGCUUGCUUUGGUGGAGUCACUAGAUUAUCUCCAUGCAAAUUGUUAGGUUUUAUGUCAGUAUAUGGAACAUUUCAGGCAAACCAACAACAUCCCCGUGGAGAAGAGAAGGUUUCGGACCCUCUACCUAAAACAUACAUACACAUCGUACUAGGGAUGGGACGAGACACAAUUUCUGCAAGACGAGACGAGAUACAAGAUUGGGUGCACAAGAACGAGACAAGAUGAGAUUUUAACAUAAUUCCUAAUUUACAAAAUUCUCUUUUCAGUUUACAAUUUUGGCCUCACAUUUUUUUAUUUAUUUGUUUUCAUAGUUUUGUUUCAUUCUAGCAGUGCUUUUUGGAACUGUAAGAGAUGUAACUCAUCAACACGUAACCCUUUUUGUCCAAUCCAAAUGUAAACACAUGGAAAAAAAUCUCACAAGAUAAUUUUUUCUUGUGUGCAUAACCUUGUGGCAAAUUUGUCUCGCGAGAUCUUGUGGCACGAGAACUUGUACCAUCCCUGCAUAGUACCCCUUGUGGUUUACUGAAGCAACUAUUCACAGCAUGCACGUCUGAAGGGGAAGACGUGCCCAUUCAUUCCAUAUCACAAAGAUUGGCGCACACCCUGAUUUGCCGCCACACAUGUGGUGCCCGCGGAGAGCAAAGUUCACCUCCACUGAACUCAAAGAGUGAAUGAGUGAGGCUGGAAUGAAUGGGUGUCUUGUUUAGUCAGUCUUAGCUCAUGCUCUGACAGAACACCGAUCACUCCGCCCUUUGAAGGAACUCACACCUAUGCAGCCCCAUACAAGCAGAUAUAGUACAUACAACUGUGUGUGUGUGUUUAGGUGCAACUUGAACUAAUGCCCCAAUGAAACAAACAAUCACUUCCUGUAGUUCCGGAUGAAUGUCUAACCGGGCCCUUUCCGAAAACAGGUUAAGAGUGAGUCAAGCGAAAGUCAAAUGAGGAACUUGCUUUUUCAACUACUGUCCAUAAGCAUCUGUGACUACUAUGGUGCUAAUAUACAAUUUUUAUUCUAUUAUCACAACAAAACAUUGGCUGUCUAUGUGCAGUAGUUAAUAAUCUGUAUGUUUUAAGCUGGAUGCCCUUCCUGAUGCCACUCUUUUAGACCAUACUUGAUAUAGGCUUAGGACUUGAACCUGGUGCUAGGACCGUAACACAUUUCACUCAUGUUUUAGUUUUCUCAGUGAAAGAGGGACCACACUUGCAGCUGUCUGAUAAAUGCAACAGUGACCUAACUACUUUUCUUUUUGAUCCG